UAUGCGGGAGUUGGAUGGCUUGUUGACUUGCUGUCGGGACAACACAAGAGGCUCAAAAAUGUUUUCUUCAAGCUCGAUGCCAUGUUUCAACAUAUGAUCGAUGAUCAUUUGAGUCCUGAAAGAUCUUCAAAAUAUCACGAUGACAUUAUAGUUUCAAUGUUGCAUGUGAUCCAUAAACAAGAAAAAGAUGAUUCCUUAAAGCUUACAAUAGAUCAUAUGAAGGGGGUUCUCACGAAUAUAUUUCUUGGUGGGAUAGACACAGGGGCCGUCACCAUGAUAUGGACAAUGACGGAACUCGCUAGAAACAUGGAAGUGAUGAAGAAAGUUCAAGGCGAGAUCCGUGACCGCCUUGGAAACAGUAAGGAGAGAGUCACCGAAGAAGAUAUCGGCAAGGUUCCUUACUUGUACCUCGUGAUCAUGGAAACAUUCAGGUUGCACCCAGCACUUCCACUUCUGCUUCCAAGGGAAACUAUGACUCACAUCAAGGUUCAAGGCUAUGAUAUUCCUCCUAAGAGACGGAUCUUGGUCAAUGCAUGGGCGAUAGCUCGAGAUCCCAAACUUUGGACAAACCCGGAAGAGUUUAAUCCGGAGAGGUUUAUAGAUAAUCCUGUGGGUUAUAGAGGACAGAGUUUUGAAUUUUUACCGUUUGGAUCUGGUCGAAGGAUGUGUCCCGGGAUAACAAUGGGGAUGGCUACUGUUGAAUUGGGACUCUUGAACUUACUUUACUUCUUUGACUGGAAGUUGCCUGAUGGGAUGACGGAGAGAGACAUCGAUAUAGAAGAAGCUGGUACUCUUACGGUCGUCAAGAAAGUACCUCUUAAGCUGGUCCCGGUUCUUAGUUCACUGGUUACACCAAACUCCAGUUUCAGAAACUGAAGAAGUUUCAAAUACACUCUCUGGCAAAAAAUGGAAUGUAUGUUAUGUAUAAGUGUGUCUGUAUGGUAACGAUCCGUGCACUUUUAUCUUAAACUGUCUGUAAGAUUUUUGUGAAAAGCCUGAAUAAUGGCUCCGUGGAGUCUUAUAUAUAUAUAUGGAGACUAUGUGUUGUAGAUAUCUUUCAUUACACUCAAGAUCUCGUCUCCUUCUUUAAACCGUACAACUCUUUGACAUGCGACUCAUUAUCAUUAAGAGAACAUUAAACAGAUAAGUGUUAAGGAUUUCAAAGAGAUUAAACCUAGAAAAAGAAAAUGAUAGAAGAAGACAAAGCUGUUCUCAGAAUUUCUUAGUAUAAUACGUCAUCAACGACACAAGCAUGCUCCCAUUCCUGAGAAUUCAGCAUCGAUUGUGUUCAUUUCCCAUUUACUUUUCUCAAAAUUCCUCAUGUAAAUCUUAUUCUGCCAUCGCCAUUAUAGCACCAUGCCACCACAUGUGGCUUUUUAGCUCCAUGUCUUUCUUGGUCGUUUCUAAGGCUCCCACAUUUGAUUUUAUUUAUAACAGUGGCUGAACCAGAACAUUUAUCUACUGAAGGCAGAGCAUAUUUUUGAAAAUAUAGUUUAUAAAUUACUUAACUACUAUAAAUAUACUAUACGUUUUACCCAUACUCAUAAUUUAAAAUAUUGUUACAUUUUAGAUAUAUUUGUUGAUAAAAAAAAUAUAAUAAUCACUAAAAAAUUUGGUCACCAUUGCGAUAAUAUAAUAAUACUUUUUUAACAAUUUUUAUUUUUGAAAACAUUUACUGACGCUUGUGAAUGUAACACGCAAAAUCAUAACUAGUUUUAGAUAAUAUAUUUUUUGAACAAAAAAAUAGAUAAUAUAUUUUAAAAUUUAUAGUAUUCAAUUUAUAAAUAAUAAACACAACCCCGAAUUUUCUGUGAUUUCAAAACAUAACCAUUUCAAUGUAAUAGAAAUAUAUAGUAUGAUUAAAUAAAUUAAAAUAAUAUAGAUUAUUCUACCUUAACUCAAUCAAAAUUGUUGUUGGGAAGUGCAUGCAUGUAGACGAAAAUUUGUCCAGACAUUCAUUUUCUUAAAGUUUUAGCCUUCGUAUAUAAUUUCUUAAAUAGCAACUAACAAAUAUUUAAAUGAAACCAGCGUAACUUUAGUUAUGGAUUAUUAUUGUGUUUAAAUUUGGGCUUAAGCUUGAUAUCCACAUUAUAGAGGUACACGAUUCAGUGCACCACAAAAAGGAUUGUAUUGCAUAUAGAUCAAGCGGGAUAUGAAAUAUCUAAAAACGCAUCUAGGUCAGGCGCUAGCCUAGGAUAUAUCGGCAACGGUUUCUUUCAGGAGUAACAUUAUCGGAGACUAAUUAAGACUCAGAUCAAUACAAUCAAAAAGAGAUGCAAUCACUAGGCCUAACUAACAAUCACCUAGAGAUGAAAACACAAAUCUCUAGAUGAUUAAGUUUCAGGAAAACUCAUCCACUCUUGGCUUUGGUUGAUUUGGGAACUCCUUCAGAGUCGCUAGCCUAUAUGCUCCAUGUUCAAUAAAAAUUUAAGCCUUUUGACUUUGGAAAAUACUAUUUUUAUUUCGUAUAAAAAUAACUACGUUAUUUAUUUUAAAUUCAUUUUAUUUAAAAUUCAAUUUUAUUUUACUUGGUUUUUAAUUUUUAAUAUAUUUUAUUUUUGAAAAGGUCAUUUUAUUUAGGUAAAUAUAUGGAGAUUUGAGAAACAUUAAAAAAAUAAUGAUUUCAAUUGGUGACGAUAACAAACAGAAUAAAUAUUGGUGACAUUCUUUUCUUCAAUUUUUAUAUGAAUCAUGUUGAUUUUUUUUUGUCAAAAUAGUGACACAUGGGUUCUACUCUAUUUCUCUCAUUUUUUCGAGGAUGAAAAAAUUUACGAAGAAAAAAUUUCUAUUCCAAUUUUGAUGGGGAAUGAAUUGAACAGAAAAUUUACCAUGAACCAUUUUUGUGUAUAGCAAACACGGAGUAUUUGCAACAUAAAAUUGUUUAAACAGGGUAAAUUAUCGUAUAAGUUAUACUGUAGUAGGUAUUAUUACUGCCAAGUACUCCUUCUGGUUUAUUAUGUGUAUUAUAGAUUGUUUUUUUUGGGCUCAAAAUGUAUGUUAUAGAUAAAAACAAAAGUAUUAAGAAAUUUAAUUUUCUCAAAACAAUAACCAUUAAAAACAAUUCAACCAAACAUAAAAAUAUAAAAUAUAUUGAAAACUCUUAUCAGAAUUCCUCAUGUAAAUCUUAUUCUGCCAUCAUGUCAACACCAUACCACCACACCACAUGUGGCUUUUUAGCUCAGGUCUUGCUUUGUCGUCUUAAGGCUCCCACAUUUGAUUUUAUGUAUCAAACAGUGCUUCAACCACAGCAUUUAUCUACCGAGCAAACAUUUUUGUUUACAAACAGCACUGUUUGUGUAUCAAACAAUGCUCACAUGUAACUACAAAAAUGUUUUGUUUUGUUUACAAAAAAAAAUAUUUUUGUAGUGUUCCAACCGUCCAAGCCUCCUACGGCGUACUCGGUUAAUAAAUCUCAUCUUGCACUAUAGGCUGUGCAUAAAUCUUUUAGAAUAUUUUAUGUUCUCUGUCGUCAUUCGUACAAUAUCGUGAAUUAUUUUCUGAUAAGUCACUCAUCGUUCUAUUAUUUCAGCUCAAUACGUUUAACUUUGAAAAUCUUUUGGAAGGUAUGAUCCGGAAGAUAAGUACAUACAUUUCAACAUAUACCAUAAACCAAGAUAUUACAGUCACCACAUAAUACAACGUUUUCAUUGCGCCCCAAUGUUGUCAUCAAUGUUAGUGUGAACCUACACAUGAUUACUCUCUCGUUUAAAUUUGGAUCUAACACUAUUCGUAACGCCCCAUCCACCUACAAUUAAUGAACCUCUCAUGUCCGCUCACUCAAUCUAUGGGCCUCAUCCUGUGCGACGGGCAGUGCAUUAAUUUUUUGGAAGCUGGAAAUCUUUGUUAGUGACCAUGCAAUCACCAGAUGAGCUUUUCGUGUUUUGGCCUCAUUCGCACGAUAUCGUGAAUCACUUUCUGAUAUAUCAUUCAUCUUUCUGCUAUUUCAGCUAAAACAUGAUCAAAUCUGGAGUCUUUCGUGAUGUUAACCAAAAAAAUAAAUACACUUUAGUGAUAUAAGUAUUUAAAUCGAUUCUCUUAUACCUUUUUAACCUAUACAACAAACUGAAAUAUUAAAAAAAAUUCUGCAAAUAAAAUUUAUAAAUUACUUAACGACCAUAAUAUAUUAUACAUUUUAUCCAUACUCUAAUUAAAAAUAUUUUAUAAUAUAUUAUUUGUUACAUUUUACAUAUAUUUGUUGAUAAAAAUAAAUAACCACUAAAAAUUUUGAUCACCAUUGCGAGACUAUAAUAUUUAUUUGAAUAUUUUGUUAUUAAGAUAUUUAUAGACGCAUGUGAUAGUAACAUUUAAAAUCAUAACAAAUUUGGCAUAAAAAGGUCAAAAUGACCAAAAUAAAUUUUAUUAAAAAGAUAAAAGACACUUAUGCCCCUAAUGAUAGUAACAUUCAAAGAAUGGAGUUUUGGGAGGUGGAGUUUAAAAUUUAGAAAAUCACAUUUUAAACCUUCAAACUCACACAUACACGAACUUUAACUUUGAAUUUUUUUCAUUAACACUUCUUACCUUCAAAGUAAAAAUUUUAACAUAUCAAACCAUAAAUUUUUUUCCUGCCAAAAUUUUGAUGACAUAAAAGUAUCAAGUGUCAAAAAGAGAUGAUUGGGCGAAAAUACUAGAUAAAUAAGGAUGACAUGUACAAUAAAUAAUUUUAUAUCUUUUUUCAGUUAAAAUAAUAAAACUAAAAAUUAAAUUUUACCAACACCAUAUUUAUAAAGUUAGAAAAUUUUAAUUUUAAUCUUUGGAAAUUCAAACAAAAAAUUAAAAAAUUUAAUCUUUGGAAGAAAAGAUGUUAUGUUAUAAAAUUAUAUAUAUAUAUAAACAUAAUUAAAAUUUAAAAUCAUAUCAAAAAUAUAUAGCAGGAUUUGUAAAUAUAUUAAAAACAAAAUCUUAUAGUAUAACCUUUUAAUGGUUGACAAAGGAUCAAGCCGAGAAUUAGAAUCAACAAAAAUAAAGUAUAUUGGUUAUAAUUGAGAAGUACGUGCUAAUUCUUUGAUUGAAUAUCCUUUGACAUCGAGAAAAAUGUUACAAUAUCACAAUUUGUGUUUACUAUAUUUACAAAUCCAGUUAUAUAUUUUUGAUAUGAUUUUGAAUUUAAAUAUAUAUUUAUAUAUCUAUUUUUCUCUUUUUAUAAUUUUAUAACAUGACAUCUUUUUCUUCCAAAGUUAAAAUUUCCAUUUUUUGGUUUUCUUGUUAAAUUUCCAAAAGAUUAAAACUUUAAAGUUUUAACUUUAUAAUAUAGUUUUGGUAAAUUUUAAUUUUUAUUUACUUGAAGAACUUUAACUGGGAAUAAAUUAUAAAUAUUUUUUUAAAAUAUAUUACAUACCAUCGCUAUAUAUCUAGUCAUUUUGUGCAACCAUCACUUAUUGACACUUCAUACUUCCAUGUCUCCAUAUUUUGGCUGGAAAAAAAAAUUCCAAGGUUUGAUAUGGGAAAUUGUUAAUUUGAAGGUUAGAAGUGUUAGUAAAAACAGUUCAAGGUUUAAGAAACAUGUAAAUUUCAGUCUGAAUGUUUAAAAUGCGAAUUUUAGAAUUUAAAUAAUAAUAAUUAAUAUUUUAAAUGUAAAAUAAAAAUUUUAAAAAUACUUUCAAAAAUAAUUUCAAAAAAUAAUUUCGGGAUUUCAAAGAAAAGAAUUUAAAAAGAAAAAGAAAAUUUGAAUUGAAAAAUGUAUUUUUUCAAAAAAAAAAUUAUUUAUUUUUAUUAUUUAUUUAUAUUUACAGAAUACAUGUAUAAGCGUAUUUUACCUUUUUAAUGAAAUCUAUUUGGUCAUUUUCUUUCUUGUCUGUGUGUUUUUGGUUAAACAUGGGCGUUCGGGUCUGGUUUUGGUAGAAAUGUCAGACGGAUGAACCCAUGUCCACGUAGUCCAAUCCGUACCAAGUUCAACUUUCUUACAGACCACACAGAUUGGUCCAUUGUGGGUUACAAUUUGUAUAUAUAUAUCCAAGCCCGUCCCGCAUAGCUAAUUGGUUCUGCGGGCUAAUCUACGGGUCUCCACUCGUAAUAUUUAAAAUAUGUUAUGUAGUUUUCAUGCUGUUUGAAUGUUACAGAAUGAAUGUACCCUAUAAAAAAAUCAUGGAUUUUUUUUAGUAAAUGAUAUGCAUUAGAGUGAAAAUGUUCAUUUUCAAAAAGAAACAAUAAAAGAAUCAUAGACAAACGAGAGCAUAAACAAAUUAAUUUUACACUACUCUUAUCAUUUAAAUUAUUUGCAUAUAGUAAGUUAUUUUUUAAUAAUUAUCUAACACUUGUGGCAAGGAGUUAACAUAGUUGAGAAUAGCGAAUAUAUAAUAAACUAAGAUACAAAAGGCAAAGAUCACUCAAUAGCCUACAAAAUAAAUGAAUGUUAAAGUGUUGAGAUAGUUGAUUACAAUUCAAUUCAUUGUAUUUGAUGUAAUAAUUGGCUUCUAAAGUUUAUAAAAAAAAACAUAAAAUCUAAUUUAUGUUGUAUAGAUAUGAAAUGUGAUUUUGUUUGAUGUGUUGUUUGUUCUUGUUUUUUUUUUCUAUUUUUCUCUUUAUUUGUAUUUUAAAUGGCUCAAAUUAUUAUUUUAUAGAUAAUAAAAUAUAUAAGAAAAUAUUUUUGUUCAGGUUAUUCAUAAUAUUUCUAUUGCAUCAACCUCUUAAUUUUAGAAAUGUUAAAUGAGCCAACUCACGUCCAAUUAGUCCAACCCAAUGCAGACUCAAAUUUAUUUUGGUAUGUGCGGGCCGACCUAUUGCAGGUUGUGGUCCACUUUGACAUUUCUAGGUUUGGCUUGGUUCUUUUCGGAUCCGGAUCUUUUGGGUUUUCUUUUGGGUCCUAGAGAUUUGGACCCAACUAAGUACUUGGAAAAUUUUGGUUCGUGUUUGGAUUGGCUCCUCUCGGAUCCGGGUUGGUUCAGACCUAUAAUUAAAAUACAUGCAAAAUAUAUGUAACUUUCAGGUCCGUAGCGAAUCCGGGUCGGAUUCAGGUAUUUACGAUGGAAAAAAGACCUGAAGUAUCCAAAUUCUAUAAGAAUUUAGCCAAAAUUCAUCAUAUUUAUCUAAAAAUUUACAAAAUAACCAAAAGUAAACUAUUAAUAGUUGAAAUUAAAUAUUUUCAAAAUCUAAAUCUGACAGUUAAAAUUUCAUAUUACUUGAAAAUGCUAUUAAAUAAUAGUAAAAUGGUAACAAAAAGAUAUUUUAA